AUGGCAUUUCCCAGGGCCGAUUUCGCUAUAGUAGGCGGUUCAUUCUUCAUUGCUCUCUUGCUGCUGUGGAAAUCCCUUAUCCAUAGAAAGAAUACAUCCAAGCUCCCCUUACCUCCUUAUGCCCCUAUCACGGACCAUGAGCUCCUUCAUUCGCCUAUCGAAAAAAUGACGGAAGGGCUGCGGAAGCAUGGCCCAGUGAUUAUGGUCAAACGAAACGGCAGGGGAUCAUUCAUGCAGAAAGAAUACCUCGUUUCAGAGCAGUUUACACGAACGAUCCUAACUGAAGACAAGUCCUUCAGUUUUGAAAACGGCAUGGCAGAGGUCCUCGGCAUUAACUGGCUUAUCAACCUCCACGAAGGAUCUUUUUUCCGUGAUUUGGAUAUCAUCGCGAGAGACUUCUCAGGCCGACGACUGAACCAGGCUGUUCCAAAAAUAUGGCCUAUAUUCGAGCGAGUUGUUUCAGAAAUAACAACGGCCGGGCAAGAACGAAAUUCUAUCGAUAUCUGGGUCAUAAUGCAAUCAACCAUGGCCGAGGUAGCAAUAACUAUCUUCCUUGGUCAGAAGUACAACAAUGUUGAAUAUCAGAAGAGCGUCAUUGCCCUAUCCCAGGAUAUCACAGAAUUGAUGGGAUUAGUCCCUAACAAGUCGUGGGCCGCACGGAAGUUGCCUUUUCUGUGGCAUCCUUACACAUGGAUCCGAAUCAUGCUCAUUCGAAUUCCCUGGGAUUUUGGGCGGAAAUUCUCCAGUGACUUAUGGGCAGAUAUAUCCGUCAAGUAUAUACCUCGCGACACAAAGGAUGAAACCAUCGUGCAAUACCUUAUGCGUCGAUAUGCUGGAGAAGAUGGCUACGUGCCUAUUCUUGCGAGGAUAUGGAUCAUAAUGUUGAUCAUUACUAUUGCAUUUGUUAGCGUUCACACAACUGUCGCCGCCAUUAUCUGGGUUACUUUUUACCUGGCACUCUACCCUGAGACUCAGAAACUUAUCCACGGGGAAAUCUCGACUAUCAUCUGCGAGGAGAGAAGCGCUGACGGAAGUUUCAUCCUUGAUUCUUCGGCUAUAGCUAAAGCGGUCAAAACCGACUCUUUCAUCCGUGAAGUUAUGCGAAUGAAAGGAGACACUAUCAACGUCGCUAGAUUAACCAUGAAGGACGUUGAGCUUGGUGGGUAUAGAAUUCCAAAAGGUGCGAACCCUGUACAACCAGCAACUCUGAUAGCCGGCCAUAAUUCUGACAAAAAGUCACCAGGCUAUUUGGUAUUCCCAGUCGCAUACUUAUCAAACAGAUCGUCCGAGUGCUAUUCGGACCCUAAUGUGUUCAACCCUUUGCGGUGGGUUGGGACUGGCAAGUCUGCUGGCACAGCCGGCGCUGGGUAUAUGGCCUUUGGGCUAGGGCGUUGGUCCUGUCCCGGGAGAUUCUUAGGCAUAAUGGAAAUGAAAACUUGGAUCCUCGCAUUGGUAAGGCAUUCGCAGGUAGAACUCGAGGGUGGGAAGUUUGAAGUGUUCAAUUGGUACAACAUCGCGAGUGUUCCACCGCAGGGCCGUCUUUUGAUCGACAAGCGCGAGUAG